AUGCGAGGGCUUAGGGUGUUGUCCAUAGUGAAGGCUCUCGGAGGCGCGGUGAGAGGGAGGAAAGGCGGCUUGCAGAGGUGGUCGAUGCCAAGGUUAGAUGGCGAGGGCUUAGAUGAGGUGAUGAAGAGAUAUGUAGUGAGAUUGACUGGGAUGGAGAGGUUGAUGGCGAAAUUUGGGGAAAAGGAGAUGAAGUUUUAUUUGGCGAGAUUUGUGGAUAGGAUGAGGUUGUUGGGGAAGAUAAGUUUUGAGUUGCCUCUCUCAAUCGGUUCAAUCACAGCUGCGUUGUUGAUGGAGGAAGAACUAGAGGCAUUACGGUUGAACAUUGGCCUGCCAGGGACGGUGACAGUAGGAGCAUUUCUUGUUAGAAACUCCUUUGACAGCGAAAGAAGGACCAGAGCCACACCCUUUGCCGGAGAAAGAGUGAUUAGCUACGUUCAUAAAGGUGUUGGGCUCAGUAGGCGAAGACGAAGCGAGUUGUCUUUUUUAUGGGUCAUGGUGAAAGUGAUGGAAGAGUCAGUGGUCGAUGAGGGACUGGGCAUUAGAGUGGAGGUGGCUGGAGAGAGGGAGUGA